AUGUUGGGAACCAGCAGACUGGAAAACAAGUGCUUUCUAUUGGAUCUGGUUGUGAUAGUGUGGAAAUAG